UGAUUCACUCCCAUCAUCAGUCAAAAACCGGUCUCUGUUCUGACGCCGCCGGUGUUACAGAUUUUGAUUUGCAAUCGCUUGAAUUGAAACCAGGGAAGUGCGGAACUAAGGAAAAAACUGCGGCAGCAAAUGGAGCAGAGGCUUUUAGCCAAACCCUGAGGCUGCCCCUGGUUUUCUCGAUUUCCUUCCCCCCACCUUCCUUCUCCCCCUUUCUUUUAAAUGCGAGCUGCUGCGGAUCCAGCCGAUCGCAAAGAGCUCUUCAUCUCUCUCUCUCUCUCUCGACGACCCUUCAUUCGAAUCGUUUCUCUCACGUACCCAAGUACCGAAACCACCCACCGCAAACGAAUCAUCUGUUUCUCUCUCAAGAACUUUUCUUCCGUUCUCUCCUCUUCCACAUUUUUCGAGUCCUCCCCAAAAAAAUCUGCCUUUUCUUUCUCUCUCUCUCCUCCCCUACCCACAUAACCGCAACUGCAAAACGGCCCUCGUCUGCUCCUCUUUCUCUCUGUGAAACUCUUAUAAGAAGGUGAGAAGGGUCUAGGUUUUCCGCAGAGCAGAGACAGAAGAAGGAAAGAAAUAUGGACACCAAGAUCGGAGUGGAGUGUGCCAGGCCGGCCAGCAACGACGUGGGUGCUCCGCCUUCCUCCAAGGCCGUGCACGUCACGCCGACUGCCGUCUGCGACGUCUCGGCGGACUGGACGCUCGGUCGCCAUCUCGCCCGGCGCCUUGUUCAGGUGGGCGUCUCCGAUGUCUUCUCUGUUCCAGGAGAUUUUAACCUCACUCUUCUCGAUCACCUCAUCGCUGAGCCCGGGCUCAAGCUCAUCGGCUGCUGCAACGAGCUCAAUGCCGGGUACGCCGCCGAUGGUUACGCGAGGUGCAAGGGCGUUGGCGCAUGUGUGGUCACCUUCACCGUCGGCGGCCUCAGCGUGCUGAACGCCAUUGCUGGGGCGUACAGUGAAAACCUGCCGGUGAUCUGCAUCGUCGGUGGGCCGAACUCUAACGACUACGGCACCAACAGGAUCCUUCAUCACACGAUCGGGUUGCCGGAUUUCUCCCAGGAGCUCCGCUGCUUCCAGACGGUCACCUGCUAUCAGGCAAUUGUGAAUAACUUGGAUGAUGCUCAUGAAUUGAUCGACACUGCGAUCUCGACUGCUUUGAAAGAGAGCAAGCCGGUUUACAUAAGCGUAGGCUGCAACUUGGCAGCCAUUCCUCACCCUACCUUUAGCCGAGAACCUGUGCCGUUCUCCCUCGCACCAAAAAUGAGCAAUCAGAAAGGGUUGGAAGCCGCGGUGGAAGCGGCGGCCGACUUCCUGAACAAAUCCGUGAAGCCAGUAAUGGUCGGUGGCCCAAAAUUGAGAGUUUCGAAGGCAGGGGACGCUUUCGUGGAAUUGGCCAAUUCUUGCGGAUAUGCUGUGGCGGUGAUGCCCUCGGCCAAAGGGUUGGUACCGGAGGUGCUGCCUCACUUCAUUGGAACAUAUUGGGGCGCCGUCAGUACUGCAUUCUGUGCCGAGAUUGUGGAGUCUGCCGAUGCUUACAUCUUUGCUGGGCCGAUCUUCAAUGACUAUAGUUCUGUUGGGUAUUCUCUGUUGCUGAAGAAGGAGAAGGCAAUCAUAGUGCCACCAGACAGGGUGGUGGUUGCCAAUGGACCGGCCUUCGGCUGCAUCCUGAUGAAAGAUUUCUUGAGGGCUCUGGCGAAAAAGUUGAAAAAGAACACGACUGCUUACGAGAACUAUCAUCGAAUUUUUGUUCCCCAUGGGACACCUCCGAAGUCGGCACCUAAUGACCCUUUAAGGGUUAAUGUCCUCUUCAAACACAUACAGGCAAUGUUGUCUGGCGAUACUGCGGUUAUUGCUGAAACGGGGGAUUCCUGGUUCAACUGCCAGAAGCUCAAACUGCCGGAGGGAUGUGGGUAUGAAUUCCAGAUGCAGUAUGGUUCAAUUGGUUGGUCUGUUGGUGCAACGCUGGGGUAUGCACAAGCUGCAACUAAUAAACGUGUGAUUGCUUGCAUUGGUGAUGGAAGCUUUCAGGUGACAGCACAAGACGUGUCAACCAUGCUGCGGUGCGGGCAGAAGUCCAUCAUAUUCCUCAUCAACAAUGGGGGUUACACCAUUGAAGUUGAGAUCCAUGAUGGACCAUACAAUGUCAUCAAGAACUGGAACUACACAGCUUUUAUUGAUGCCAUUCAUAAUGGUGAAGGGGAUUGCUGGACAUCUAAGGUUCUAACCGAGGAACAACUGAUAGAGGCAAUAGCGACUGCUACAGGGGAGAAGAAAGAUUGCUUCUGUUUCAUUGAGGUGAUAUGUCACAAAGAUGACACCAGCAAGGAGCUCUUGGAGUGGGGAUCUCGAGUUUGUUCUGCAAACAGCCGACCACCGAACCCUCAAUAAAUUUUGGGACCUUAGCGUCUCCAGUGGUCUUCUUCCACUUCUUUUCAGUCAAUAGGCGUUAUGCCAGGAAAUAGAGAAGAGUCUUGAAUUUUGAUUCUUGAAUUUUGAUUUCUGUUUUGUGCUUUCAUCUGUCCAAUCAGAGACAGUUACCUUGUUCCUUAAUCUUUCUAAUCAAAUACUUGGUGACAUUUUGAGACGAA